AUGAGUGCUUCGACGAAAAGAUUCAAAUGCAAGGUUUGCAGAGAAGCCUUCGAGUUCCCUUACAGACUGAAACUUCACUCAGCUGUUCACUCAGAGGAAAGACCGUUUAAAUGUGAGACUUGUGGAAAGGCGUUCAAACGGACGUACAACUUAUAUGAACACAUGAGAAUUCACAAGAAAAAUACUGGGAAAAAUGAAAACACGACGAUUCCCGUAAUCGAAAAUGACGAAGAAGAGGAGGAAGAACUUGAUCCAGCGCCUGAGCCAAAGCCACAACUUCAGAAUAUUGAUUCUAAGAAACGAAAGUUGGCUAGUGAUUCGGAAAAACCAUUGGCGAAAAAAGUUAAAGCUGAGGAUUCACGGAUACUUCGUUCUCAACGAAACAAGCGAGUAGAUCUGGAUGAUUCUCAGUCAUCUUCGGCUCAUAUGAAAGCAGUGGAAGAGGAACCAAUCGAGUUUGAAAAUCAGUCAGACGAGACACCGAAAGCAAUGCCUCUGGAGGAUCAGAAUGGACCUCAAUCAGCAAUGCAACCUAUUCCCAUGUCUCAGAAUGCUGUGGGAUGCCUGGACGAACUGGAAAAAGCUAUGGACGAAUCCGUAGAGAAGAAAAAUUUGGCCGUAAUGGUAAAUGAUGAUGUAGAGAAGGAAGUGAAGGAGGAAAUGUAUCCAGUGCCUGAGCCUAAACCACAACUUCAGAAUAUUAAUUCUAAUAAGCGAAAGUUGAUUGGCCAUUUGGAUAAGCAAUUGGCGAAAAAAGUGAAAACUGAAGAUACAACCGAUCAUACACGGAAACUUCGUUCUCAGCGAAACAAAGGUGUGGAUCUGGAUGAUUCUCAAUCGUCUUCAGCCCAUAUGAAAGCAGUGAAACAGGAAGCAAUUGAGUUUGAAAAUCAGUCGGACGAGACACCAAAAGCAAUGCCAUUGGAAGAUCAGAAUCAGUCUCUGUCAGCAAUGCAUUCUACAGUAUCCAUGUCUCAGAAUGCUGUGAGAAUUCAUAAGACGCUGCUUCCACAGCAGGGAUUCUUCAAAGCUAGUCCAAAAACGCAUUUCCAGAAUUCAAACGGCACUGUGUCGAUGAACCCGGUGCCAGUAGUCCAACAACAAUCUCCACCAAACUUCGAUGAGGACUCUCGUCAGAUCUCCCAUCAAAUAAUGCGAGUCGCUGCCAACUCAACGAAAGAUCGUCAAGACUGUUUCAGACAACUGUUGUUCGCAACGGUGUUUGCAUUUGAGAGCUCUCCGACCUGCACCAACGUUGAAGAAUUCUUCCGAAUGAUGGGCGAACGACACGCGAAGAAGUGA